GUAGCUACUCGGACAGGGAAAGUAGAGACGGACGCGUUAGCCCUUUAACAAUGGUCUGUUUAAUUAUUGCUGGUGCGUUAGUUUCCGUAGCAACUGACGGCUGUGGCAGCUAGAAACAUGGCGGAGCUCAGCGCUGCGAUUCGUUACCUGAUGAUCGCACUGGCAGUUCUAGAAAGUGGGGACGAUGGGUAUAAAAUUGUGGUGCCUAUGCCAGAAAUUGAGAGCCCCUGGACGGCUCCGAGGAAUGAGUUCGCGACGGCUAUCGCGAUCGUGUCCUUCUGCGCAAUUUCCCUGGCGAUGAACGGGAAUACCAUAUACGCAUGUGCUGUGGGACUGUGGGAUUUGCUGCGCAUAGUGGCGCCCUACUACAUGGUCUCACAGUUAAUACAGCUAGCGGCACCGAUCCGAUACAUCGUCGUAAAAGCGAAGGAAGGAGGCCUCGAAGCUCUCAAGAACCUCCAUGCGUACCUCGCCGUAGCCUCCAUAUGCAUUAGAAUUGUGACCAUCAGCAUAGCAUUUACGGCAUGGUGGCAGCUGGCAUCGUCAUAAGGAUGGAACGCCGAGUUCAGCGACCAACUGCAGCUACUCUCAUCAUCUCCUGAGCUCCUGCCCACAGUAAAUUCUUACAGAUCCUCUGAACACAAAUUCUGAUGUAAAUUUUUAUCAAAAUUAUACAGAUAUUCGGCGAAUCA